AGAAGGGCCUGUCCUGCCAUCUGAAGUGAUUUUUAAUACUCAGAUGGGCCCUCAGCUCUUCCUACACUAUGAAGUUGAAUUUGCUUUCACAGAUUUGGGUAAAGUUUUUCUGAAAAAAGUAAUCCCCUUGCAUUGGCAUUAACUGUGGAAAAUUUUAACUCAGCCUAUAGGCAGGCAGAAUAAAUGCAAACAAGGAUUUUAAUUUAAAUGCUCUGGCAGAAAGGGCAGCAUUCAGUUCUGGAAAUGCUGUAACGUUUAGGGACAGGAAGACGUGGAAAUUCCACAGUUAGCAGGGCACAUUUUCUCUUAAAGGUGCUAGUAGAGUAACUCAUACAGAUUAUUUUUAAGUCCUUUCUGGGGUGAAUUAUAAAUAUCUGAUAAAUUUAUUUUUUUAAAAAAGAAAAAAAAACUAAACAAAGAAUAACAUUAGCCUAGCAGGCUCUUAACCAACAAAUUGGGUGAACUUCAGCCUCCUCUGAAGUGAGGUUUUAUGUGCUUCUUGCUCCUUUUUCUCUCUCUCCAUUACCCCCAAAGGAUCAAACAUGCAUUCUGAAACCACAUGCCAUGUCAAUAUACAGUUUAGUUGACUUAGAACAAUACCUGUGCAUAGUAUACACUUAGAAAUAUUUAUAAAGUGUGGAAUGAUAGACAAUGGACACUCAGAAGGACAGUGGGGGUGGAUGAUGGUAAAUUACUUAAUGGGCAAAAUGUACAUUCUUCUGGUGAUGGAUACCCUAAAAGCUCUGACUUCAUUACUACACAAUCUAUCCAUGUAAUGAAAUUAUACUGCUACCCCAUACAUUUAUACAAAUAAAAAUGUUAAAUGUAAAAUAUUAUUUGUUGAAUCAUGACCAAGUGAACAAAUAACAUGGGAAGGAUACUUGGAAGUACAGGUAUGCAAAUAAGAAAUUUUGAUUAGAGUAGUGUUUUAAAUAUACCCUGAAAUAUAUUUAAAUGAAAUAAUAAUGUGUGAAAUUCAAAUUGUUUAAGAUUGAACAGACUUCUUAGAGUUCUGCAUGAUCUUCUACAUCCCUUCUGGAGCUUUGAGCCUUAAACAAUUGGACUAAGAAUUGAAGGAGGUGGAUGAUUCAUUCCAAGGUGAUUUAAGAGUCUUGCAGCAUGAACUGAUCAUUUCUUUAAGUGCUUUGCCCAAUCUCACAAAACUCUUCAAACACAGAGAAAAAACAACCCUAUUGCACUUGAACAUUUUACUCCAACUUAGCUAUGACACUUUAGCAAUAAAUAAUGCUAGAAGGCAGAAGUCAUUCCUAAAAUGUAAGUACACAGUGUGGGGAUGAUGGAGUAUUUUUGGCUUACAAGAAUGUCAUUUAGUGACUUACUACAUUUUUCAAAGAAAGAAUAUAAACCAAAUCUAGGAUGACCCAGUUUUAAGAGGUGACUUACUCAGGGGUAAUGAUCAAAAGGCUAUGGUUAAGGUUUUAAAGACCCAGGGAUUCACCUUGUGUUGUUUAAAUAGAUUAAUAAUUAAAUAGUGUUUGUAGGGAAAGGGAUUUUUAGCUUCAGGGGCUUAAAGGCAAGUGUGACAGAAGAAAAAGUUCUAAGGCUGGAGUGUUCAUCUUUCUGAAUAGACCACAGUGAAGUGAAAGUCCCUAAACUGGGGCUUGUCUAGGCCACUGAAUUACAUCUGUAUACACAUGCCCCCAUCAGGCUGCCCUGGCUGCAGUUCUCUGAAAGAUGCCAGAUGGUGAAGCUCAAGCUGGUUCUCUGUCUUAUUCUAAGGGUCUUUGAUGACUUUCCUCUAAAGGUUGCUUUUAGCAGCAGAACAGAGUGAAAGUAGAGGGAACUUCAGUGUGUCAUUUUUCCAGCUCUGCCUGGACAUGUCGCAGAGCAGGGAAGGCCUCCAAGAUGAAUGGGCAUGCUCAUUUCUCUCACAAAGCAGAAGAAAGGAGACUUGGGUAGGUCAGACCGCGGGAGAACGAGAGACUUGGGCAAAUAGUGCGGGAGAACGAGAGACUUGGGCAAAUAGUUCAAUUGACUUUCUCAUAAGACAGGCAACACUGGAAGUUCCUGGGUUUGGCAAGGGAUUGAUUUUAAAUUUAUUUUUAUUUUUUAUGUUUGCAGUAUAAAAUACACAUAGUGAAGGGUGUAAAUUAUACUAGUCUGAACUGUACUGCUCAGUGAAAGUUUACAUAUGGGUGUACUCCAGUAGCUGCCAUACAGAUCAAGAUAUAGAUCAUUUCCAGCACCCUAGAAGGUUCCCUUGUACCACCUUCCUAGUCAAUACCACCUUCCCCCUUUGGUAACCACUAUUAUGACACCUAUCACCAUGGAUUCCAUUUGCCUAUUGUACUUAAACAUUUGAAUUUCAGUUGCAGAAUAAAUAAGUGAAAUCUUACAGUAUGUACACUUGUGUCUGGUUUCUUUUUCCCAACAUAAUGUUUGUGAGAUUAAUUCAUUUGUUCUGUGCAUCAGUAGCAUUUUCCUUUUUAUUGCUGAGUAGUAUUCCAUCAUGUGCACAGACUAUAGUUGGUUUGUCAUGCACCAGUUGGUGUACAUUUGGAUCGCUUUUAUUUGGGGCAAUUAUGCCUCAAGACAGUAUGAACAUUCUUGUAUAUGAUGAGAUUAUUGUACUUUAUAUAUCUAGGGGUGGAAUUUGCUGGAUCAGAGGAUAGGCCUAUGAUUGAGUUUAGCAGAUAUAACCAUACAGUUUUCCAAGUGGAUAAACCAUCAUGGGACUAUCUAAUGGUAGAUUCCUCAGGUCACUUGCACCUCUGGCUUCACAUUCCCACUGCUAAUUACAAUUAUGCUGCGAAUUGUUUUAAAAUGUUACAUGGUUCAUUCAACUAAAUUGUAAGGGCUGAAAUUCAGGGGCCACAUCCAACUUUCCUCCCUCCUCCUCUUACACAGAGCAAGUGGAGAGUCAUUCAGCUGGUUCAGUACAGUGGGACCCUGACAAAUUGGCACAAGCUACCCCCAAACACAUCUUCCACUUCGUAGCCACCCCUCUGGGGCUUGCAUUGAUUGAUUUCAUGAAUCUGGAGUCUCUACUCUGGCCCCAGGCCUGGCUUUUGUCUGGGUUCAACUUGUGGGAGGCUGGACGUAAAUUACAGAAUGACAAGGCUGUGGAGGGAACUCUGUGAUCUUCUCCAAGGUGUUUUAAAAGUACAGGUUUCCAUGAGGCAAUUUCAGAGCAGAGACCAGUUUUAAGGGUUAUUAUGAACCUACAGUAUGUGUCCUGCAAGCCCCUCCUGGAACUCGGUUAGCCCUAGGUGACCAGCAUCCCUCACAGCCUUGUCCCCUCAGCAGUUCCCCUGGGUAGCAUGACUUGGUUCCUGUCAGUCCUGCCCUCUCCAAGGGUCCCCGCAUUUGAGACUGUAACAGAAGAAGGCUUUCUAGAAAGGGAAACUCUGCCCUCCCAGGAGAAGGCUCUGAAUCUCCUUCCACUGUCAGGCCCACACCUCCUUCAAAGUUAAAGUCUCUCUUUCUUGGAAACCCAAGUUCUCCCUCUCACUGGCAUUGAAAGGUUUGGCAGUCCCCGCCUCAGCAGCCGGGGUCCCACGGGUCCGGGGAGGGUAGGGUAGCAGGAGGCAGGCGUGCCGGCCGGCCUGACACCUGUCGUGGGCGCGUUCGGCCUCCGCAACCCCCCAACAGCUGUCAGCGGUGGCUGCCGCAGGGACCAGCCAGGAGCGGAAGGAAUUAAACGCCCGCCCAUCGCAUCAGACUCGGCCGCUCCCUCCUCCUCCUCCUCUUCCCCCUCCCACUUUGCGCCGCCUUCUCCAGGUCCCCACCGGCUCUGCGGCGGGACGCUGUGUCAGGGGCGCUUUGCAUAGCACUCGGCACGCACGGAGCAGGGCUCUCGCCCCGGGGCUGCCCCGGGAUGGCAGUGAAGUACGGGGAACUCAGAGAGACACCGUGACCCCAGGCUGAGCCCAAGGCGUGCCACUCCUCCCGGAGGCAACAUGGGGCACCCGGUGUACCGCGGCGAGAAGCCCCAGCUGCACUACGCGGGUGAUUUCACCUGGAACAGCAUGUCAGGCCGCAGUGUACGGCUGAGGUCAGUCCCCAUCCAGAGUCUCUCAGAGCUGGAGAGGGCCCGGCUGCAGGAAGUGGCUUUUUAUCAGUUGCAACAGGACUGUGACCUGAGCUGCCAGAUCACCAUUCCCAAAGAUGGACAAAAGAGAAAGAAAUCUUUAAGAAAGAAACUGGAUUCACUAGGAAAGGAGAAAAACAAAGACAAAGAAUUCAUCCCGCAGGCAUUUGGAAUGCCCUUAUCCCAAGUCAUUGCGAAUGACAGGGCCUAUAAACUCAAGCAGGACUUGCAGAGGGAUGAGCAGAAAGAUGCAUCUGACUUUGUGGCUUCCCUCCUCCCAUUUGGAAAUAAAAGACAAAACAAAGAACUCUCAAGCAGUAACUCAUCUCUCAGCUCAACCUCAGAAACACCAAAUGAGUCAACGUCCCCAAACACCCCAGAACCAGCUCCUCGGGCUAGGAGGAGGGGUGCCAUGUCAGUGGAUUCUAUCACGGAUCUUGAUGACAAUCAGUCUCGACUACUAGAAGCUUUACAACUUUCCUUGCCUGCUGAGGCUCAAAGUAAAAAAGAAAAAGCCAGAGAUAAGAAACUCAGUCUGAAUCCUAUUUACAGACAGGUCCCUAGGCUGGUGGACAGCUGCUGUCAGCAUCUAGAAAAACAUGGCCUCCAGACAGUGGGGAUAUUCCGAGUUGGAAGCUCAAAAAAGAGAGUGAGACAAUUACGUGAGGAAUUUGACCGUGGGAUUGAUGUCUCUCUGGAGGAGGAGCACAGUGUUCAUGAUGUGGCAGCCUUGCUCAAAGAGUUCCUGAGGGACAUGCCGGACCCCCUUCUCACCAGGGAGCUGUACACAGCUUUCAUCAACACUCUCUUAUUGGAGCCAGAGGAACAGCUGGGCACCUUGCAGCUCCUCAUAUACCUUCUACCUCCCUGCAAUUGUGACACCCUCCACCGCCUCCUACAGUUCCUCUCCAUCGUUGCCAGGCAUGCCGAUGACAACAUCAGCAAAGACGGGCAAGAGGUCACUGGGAAUAAAAUGACAUCUCUAAACUUAGCCACCAUAUUUGGACCCAACCUGCUGCACAAGCAGAAGUCAUCAGACAAAGAAUUCUCAGUCCAGAGUUCAGCCCGGGCUGAGGAGAGCACAGCCAUCAUCGCUGUGGUGCAAAAGAUGAUUGAAAAUUAUGAAGCCCUGUUCAUGGUUCCCCCAGAUCUCCAGAACGAAGUGCUGAUCAGCCUGUUAGAGACCGAUCCUGACGUCGUGGACUAUUUACUCAGAAGAAAGGCUUCCCAGUCAUCAAGCCCUGACAUGCUGCAGUCGGAAGUUUCCUUUUCCGUGGGAGGGAGGCAUUCAUCUACAGACUCCAACAAGGCCUCCAGCGGAGACAUCUCCCCUUAUGACAACAACUCCCCAGUGCUGUCUGAGCGCUCCCUGCUGGCUAUGCAAGAGGACGCAGCCCCGGGGGGCUCAGAGAAGCUUUACAAAGUGCCAGGGCAGUUUAUGCUGGUGGGCCACUUGUCGUCGUCAAAGUCAAGGGAAAGUUCUCCUGGACCAAGGCUUGGGAAAGAUCUGUCAGAGGAGCCUUUCAAUAUCUGGGGAACUUGGCAUUCAACAUUAAAAAGCGGAUCCAAAGACCCAGGAAUGACAGGUUCCUCUGGAGACAUUUUUGAAAGCAGCUCCCUAAGAGCGGGGCCCUGCUCCCUUUCUCAAGGGAACCUGUCCCCGAAUUGGCCUCGGUGGCAGGGGAGCCCCGCAGAGCUGUACAGCGACACGCAGGUGGCUCGGAGGACUCAGCCCGCAGCCCCCGCGACGGAGGGCAGGGCCCACCCUGCGGUGUCGCGUGCCUGCAGCACUCCCCACGUCCAGGUGGCAGGGAAAGCCGAGCGGCCCAUGGCCAGAUCGGAGCAGUACUUGACCCUGAGCGGCACCCACGACCUCAGCGAGAGUGAGCUGGAUGUGGCCGGGCUGCAGAGCCGGGCCUCACCUCAGUGCCAAAGACCCCGUGGGAGCGGGAGGGAUGACAAGCGGCCCCCACCUCCAUACCCGGGCCCGGGGAAGCCCGCGGCGGCGGGGACGGUGGCGGCCCAGAUCCAGGGGCCCCCGGAAGGCGUGGGGACAGCCACGGACCAGGGAGGCCAAGCAGCCGAGCGAGAGCAGCAGGUCACACAGAAAAAACUGAGUAGCGCCAACUCCCUGCCAGCAGGCGAGGAGGACAGUCCGCGCCUGGGAGACUCUGGCUGGCUCGACUGGCAGAGAGAGCGCUGGCAGAUCUGGGAGCUCCUGUCUGCCGACAACCCUGAUGCCCUGCCGGAGACACUGGUCUGAGCCCGUGCCCAGCCAAGACCCCAUGCCCAGCGCCCCACACCCUCCAGCCCAGGGGGGACCGUGGGUGGUGGCCACUGGCACAUUUAGUGUUCUUCUUUCACGCUUCUCAAAAGCGACACAAGAGAAAUCCAGUUCACCUACAGAGGUAGAGCACUCACGUCCCCGCCAUUGAGAAUAAGGUUCCAUUGCGUAGCCAGCCUUAGGAAAAACAAACAGAACCCAAACCAGAUGGCAAUGUCCAAUCUAAAAACGUCCCUUUUGGCUCUAUAAUAUAAGAUACAACUCUUGCUUUGGUAUAGCCUAACCGUAUUUAUGUGUCUUCAGUUUUGACUAUUGUAUAUUCUGUAACAGAUUAUGUAUAAUCAUAUAUGAUAUAUUCACAAAGAGAAAACAAAAGGAACAAUUUUAAAAAAACACUUCACUUACAUUAAGCAAUGAGAUAUACUAAACAAUGAGAUUCUAUAGAAUGUUCUAGAAUAUGCACAAGCGGGUUUCUGUGCUUUUGCCAUAGCUUUAUAACUGGGGAUAACCCUUACUUCAAUACCUAACGAAAAUACUAACAAGAUGAAACAGAAUAUGAGAAGCUAUAUUUUUAUAUAGGAGUCAGAUACAAAAAGAAAAAUCACUGAAUGGUUUUUGAUAUUGAAUACGUUUUCAGGAAAAUCCUAAAUCUGACAGAUUAUGAAAUAUAUUUUUAGAACUUGUUUAGAAAGGAUUCAGUUAACCAAACAAGAAAAAGGCAGUGCCUCACAAAGAAAUUAAGAAGUUGUCCGUCCCACAUUACAUCAAAUUCAGUUUUAUAUAGGCCAUAUAUAAUAUAUAUUUAUAAUGUAUAAUUUUUAUGUAUUUUUCAAAACUACAAACUGGAAUCCAACUAUAAAGUGUUUAAGAAUCUACAUAGAAUAUUCAAACUAUAGAACAUGUUUUUCCCUUUGCCCCAUAAUCAGUAUUUGCCAAAUUACAUGCAAUUCUUUAAAACCUAAAUCACAUUUGGUGGAAAGCCUACAGCUUUGUACUUACAUUGUGCCAAAGGCUGAGGAAAUGUUUUCUUUCGUAAUUUUAUAUGUAUUGUAAAAUGUUCUACCGUACUUUAGUAGUUUGAAGUUUUUCAAGUGCAUAACUAUUUUUGACCAGCAGAUGGCGAUAAGCUUCAGUAUUUUAUGCAAUUUUUUUUUUUUUCACUUCUGAAGGGAAAGUGUAUCAUAAAAAAAGAUUUGUUUUUUCUUUUUAUAAAACAUGCUACUCUUAAUUUUCAUGUUGGUGAUGAAAUUUCCAGUGCUGUUUCUUAAGGUUCUAUCUUGUGCCAUGAUGAAUAAAAAGUUAAGCAAAGA